GCUCGUCCACCUGACUAUCCUACUGUCAAUUCACAAUUCAGUUCGCUUUGGUGCAGCCGAUGAACGUGCGUGUGGUACGUUCGUAAAAAUCGAGAAAAGUGCGCGUUUUUUCGAAAUUACCGCGAUUAUUUCGGAAUUUGAAGUACCGCGAAAUUUGGGUGGUUGUUUAGUGACUCUAUCGGAUUCUAUAAGUGGAAAAUCAAAAGCGAAACGUGUACAAUUGAGUAAGUGGCGUACCCUGUGAAGUUUUGGAGCGGUCGAAAACCAAUCGAAAGUAAUGUGAAAUGUUCGAUACAUGUCAAACGAUAAGCGCUACGCCGAAGUGUAAUGAAGUGGCCGAGAAAUUAGUGUCUUUGUUCGGAUGGAGGCAGACGUACAAUGUGGAAAAACUGCAGCGAAACGUACCGGGUAGAGCGACUUCCAGGAUUUCGAUUACCAGACCUUCGCCUACCAGAAACAGUUCCGUUAGCAGCAAGGGCGCAGAUUCGUGGGUGUCGGUACACAAUUUACAAUCGCAAGGAGGCGGCAUUCUAGAUCCCGACGAUAAACUCAACGACGUAGCGGACGAUCGGGAACAGAUCCUAGCCAGUUUCGAAGACGGCGAAGGCGCCCAUCUACAUGGAGGCGGCGACGGCGCCAGCGGCAGUUCGGUGGGCACCGGUAGUCCGGACAUAUUUCACGACGGUGAACAUAAAUACGGACCGAACUAUCCCCGAACGGACAUCGAGGUGACAGGCGAACAAAUAGCCACGGGAAUACCGGUGUUGCAAGUGCGCAGAGGCAGCGAACCCAGUCUGAACCAGCUGCCCACGGGACCGCCCGCUCCAGCCGAUCACCCCAAGCGAUGGAGCGCCGCCCCGCUCAUUCUGGAGCCACCCAGCUCGGGCUACGCCAGCCCGGAUUGGAUGGACGACUCCCGCGAGGAGGAAGAGGAGCCGGGUUUCAAGCGGAUCGCCCGAGACGGGAGCAACAGAUUGUCCAUGCAGUUUUUGGGCGUCGACAGCGCCGGUUAUCGUUGGGCCGAAGCGGCGGAGAGAGCGGCCGCAACGCGGAACCACCUGACCGUCUCGCAUCCGAGGGAAGGGCUGCGGAAGGAGCCGCUGGGGCAGGCGAACGUUUCGACGGCGCCGAUUUCGCCGGCGGUCGACGGGGAGGAAAUUAUUGUGAUAAGAAACGAGCCGGGUCCGCUCGGCAUCCACGUCAUACCCGAUUACGAUACGCUGGGUAGAGAGAAGGGGCUGUUGGUGAAAGGUAUAGAGCCCGGCGGAAGGAUCGACAGGGACGGUCGGUUGGCCAUUUACGAUAGAGUGGUGGAAAUCAACGGUGAAAAUUUGAUCAACAUGCCCUUCCAAAGGGUACAAGAAUUGUUCAAGCUCUCUCUAACCGCUUCCGAAUUAAGACUGAAAGUAAUUAAAACUUCUGGUUUGGAGGGUCUGCGAAAACCGCCCCCACCGAUUUAUCCCACCUACUCCGAAGACAAGGAGAACGUAAAUAUGGUGGAAUGUGAACAAAAACGACUGUUUUCAGAGAGUACAAACGCCAAAGUGGCCACCGUGUCGCCGACGAAAAAGGUUCCAGUGGUUUCGAAGAAUCUCAAGGGCCUCCUGACGGCGAACACCAGGAAAAUCGGACGGAAGAUAGAGAUCGAAUUGGUGAAAGGAAAGAGCGGACUCGGCUUCAGCAUUACCACUAGGGAUAAUCCCGCUGGCGGAAAAUGUCCUAUUUACAUUAAAAACAUCAACGCUAUGGGUCCGGCGAUUGACGAUGGUAGAUUGAAAAUCGGCGAUAGACUUUUAGAAGUGAACAAUCUCGAAAUGACCGGCAAAACACAGAGCGAAGCGGUGGCGUUGCUUAAAAGUUUACCUCUAGGUAGUAAAGUAAAAAUAGUCGUAUCUAGGCAAGAAGACGUCCUCGACAAUACUCUACCCCGAAUAAUUGACGUUAAUUUGAAAGAAGUAAAAGAGGAGGAAACGAACGACGACGUACCACCGACGAUACCUCCUCUGCCGCAGAGUCACCUCCAGGCGUUGCAAAACCGAACGCCGGAAAAGAAUUCUGUGGCCAAAAUUAUAUCCCAGUUUCAAGACGCUGUCAACGGCAAUCCUCCCGAACAAAUCGACGAAGCGAUGGUGUUCCCGUGGAAGCACCGCGAAAUCCUCACCUUCAACAUACCGGUGCACGAUUCGGAGAAGGCCGGCUUGGGCAUCAGCGUCAAAGGCAAAACCAGCGGCGCCAAGGACCUGGGCAUCUUCAUCAAAGGGAUCAUGUACGGCGGGGCGGCGUCGCGCGACAACCGCCUCCAGACCAACGAUCAACUGUUGAACGUAAACGGCAUCAGUUUGCUGCAGCAAAGCAACAGCGACGCCAUGGAGACGUUGAAGAACGCCAUACCGCAUACGGAGGGGCCCGUGCCGGGACACAUUACCCUCACGGUAGCGAGGCGAGCCGAAUCGCCCAACAACAGCAGCAGGAAGAAUUCCACGGAUAAUCUGUUAGGUAAUAGCGCUUCCGAUUCCCAUGAAAAGACUGAUUCCGUGAAUAAUUCCGGCACGAGCGGAGAUUCCGCCAAUACGGUGAUCUUCAAUCCACGCGGCGGCAUCAGUACAUCGUCCCAUAACAGCUCGGGAAGUAUUCCAUCUCAAGGUAGCGCGGAUUCCGGUAAUAAACCGCUGGUCAACGGUCAAAAUCAACUGAGUCCCAUGCAUACUUGGAAUCCAGUACUCGAGAGGUUGACGGGAAAUAAUAAAUUCUCUCAACAACUCAGAAACGAAAGUUAUUACAAGGCUACUCACGACACUUGGACGAGUAGCAUGCUUGGGAAUAACUCUUACGGUAACCUAUCCGGCGCCACUGUAAACAUCGCCACGGCCGAGCCCAUUCUAAUCGAAGACGAGUACGGGUCUAGAGUAAUAACGCAUCCUAAUCAACAAAUAAACGUUCACGCGACGAACAAAAUGCAGUCGAAUCAUCCGGAAAGCCGAUCCGAUCGAGAACCGGACGGCAAAGCCAGCCUGUCCGGCUCCAACGGCGACAAAAGCACCGAUACCUCUUCGCAGACGACGAUACAAUGCACCGACGCCACCUACGCCAGCCAGUUGUCCCUGGAAAACCCGCAAGGGUUCAGCAGAGAUGCCUUCGGAAGGCAAAGCAUGUCGGAGAAAAGACACGCCACGCUGGACGCCAAGAGCACGGACACUUACCAAAGGUCCAAGAAAUUGAGAGAGGAAAGGAAAAUGCAGGAAAAAAAUGCCGAUAAGUUAGGUCAAUUGGGGCCUAGUCUAGGUAUGAAGAAAUCUUCUAGCUUGGAAUCCUUGCAAACAAUGGUGCAAGAAAUUCAAAUGCAAGAAGAUCGCGAUCCUGCUUACAGCUACAGAGGACCGUCCGGAGCUUUGAAAGUAAUCAGAGGAAAAGGUUGCGAGGAGAGUUUCAGAGCGGCUGUUGUCGACCCGAAUCACAGAAGCGAAAUAGGUGCUAAAAAACAUUGGUUGCUAGAAGGUCCCUCGGAGAACGAACGAGAAAUCGAUGGAUUCACUAAUACCAGAGGGGCUCCCCGCCAGUCCUCCCUAAACGCCGCCAUCGACAUUAAAAACAGCAAAUCCGCUAAAAAGAAACCCGGGAUACUCAAAGGCAUCGGAUCAAUGUUUAGAUUUGGAAAGCAUAGAAAACUAGAUUACCAAACACCGGAACCCGUCCAACACUACCACCAUUCCAACGAAUUCGACACCAACGCGAACCUACAAGAAAGCGACAGCAGAAACCAAAGCGCCCAAACGGAACGACAGCAAAUGCCCAAUCCCAACGCCCAAACGCACCAACAGCAGCAAACGCAAAACCCGCAAUACCUCAACGGGUCCCAUCACUCCCAAACGUCCCAAUCGCACCACGCCCAUCACUCGAACCAAGCGCCCAACGCGCCCAAUCACAACCACCAUCCGAUGCAGAACGGCGCGUCCCAUUCGCAGAGCAGAUCGUCUCCCACGGCCGCGAAUCACGCCAAUCACGGCGCCGUGCAGGCCCAAAGGGAGCACGCCAGAAGGGAGCAGCUGUACCCGAGGCACGGAUAUUUGCACCGGCACGCCGAGCAAGUCCAGGUCAUUCCCGAAAAUUCCGUUAUACCUCCCAUCAAGUAUCGACAGAAUUCCUCCGAGCAGAGACGUCACGAUAGGGAGUUGCAUAAACAGAGGAUGACGCAAAGGCAUACUUAUUACCAAUCCGACGAUAGAGAUGCUUAUGAUUCGAGGCAACAGAGAAUUGAUCCGUCCAAUCCCUAUGUAGAGUACGGAAGACCGGGCAGUAGAUCCGGAAUAAUAGAUUCCGUUCCCUUCACGCAUUACGUGAACUACAACGAACUUCAAACCCACAUUAGCCGAAAUAAAGACCCUCUAUCUGAUAGUCAGAUAGUUCAGAUGCGUCUUCAGGUGCAACAGCAAAGGUUAAAGGUGGAGGAAGAAAGCCGGAAGCAGCACCAGUACCACUCGCAGCGCCAGACGAGAACCGACAAUCAACUGCGACCCGUGUCGAAUUACUACGAAUACGAGAGCAUCCAGUCGAUCCUGAACGGCGGCCGGUCGCGGCCAAACGGGCACCCGGCCCAAUACGGCGGGGCGCACCAACCGGACGCGAAUUCCAAUUCGUUGCCGAGGAACCAAGCGGCGCAGGUGAGGCACCCGUCGAAUAGGGGCAGGGGCCCGUUCGUGACUCAGGUGACUAUAGGCGAUCAUCAGAAAAGCGGGACGAAGGUGUGAGUUGAAGUGUCGAAGGAGCGACCGGGAUUUUUCACGUCGAUGGCGAAAGUGGCAUACAGUAGGAUGCCAUUCGAGUGAAAGCACUAAAUGGGGAUUUUUUUACUCCAACCGGUUAGGAAAUAGUUGGUAGAAUUGACAAUAAAUAAUUUAUCUCGAUCGAUUUUUUUAGUGUUUUUGCUCGAAUGGUUCUUAUUGUAUGUGAUUACUAUAGUGUUAAUUUGAUUUUUUUUUAUUAGAAAACUAAGUACUUAACUAAAUUUUCAAAAUUUUUAACUCCAUUUAAUAUCGAUUUUAAUUUUAAUAUUGACAAUCUUAUUUAUAAAUUUUAAUUUUGUGAUUGACCUAUCCAAUUUAGUGAUUGCGACAAAUUACAUUCUAAUUAUAGUUUAUUUUAUUUUUAAUAAUCAAUCGUAUUUAUUAAUUUUAAUUACGG